GGCGGCGGCUGCGGGCGCGAGGGCGGCGGCUUGAGGAUUCCCCAGCGCAUCCAUCUGCAGUCCAGUAACGGUUCCAAGCAGUUGAAGUCUGACAAAGUUAACAAAACUGACCUCUAGAAGAACUGAGCUGUACAGAACCUUACACAAUGUGCAGUCCUCUACCCACGGCAUUUCAGGAACAUGUCUUUGGAGAACGUGAAAUGCUGACUCCAAGUCACCAUCAGAACACUUCAAAAUCCAUGCUGUGAAAACGCUGAUAAUUCUCUCUUCGUAUUUUCCAUCAGUAGCGUUAGAUGUCUUCUUCUCUGCUGCUGGCUGCAGAAUGAGCACAUGCUGCUGGUGUACGCCAGGUGGUGGUUCCACCGUUGAUUUCCUGAAGUGCUAUGCCUCCAAGACCCGCUCCAGUGAGUUUCAGACCGCUGAUGAAGACCUCUGCUACUGCUUAGAGUGUGUGGCUGAGUACCACAGAGCAAGAGAGAGCUUGCAGUUCUUGCACGAGGUUUUAUGGGAAUUAGAAACCUUACGUCUCAUAAAUCACUUUGAGAAAUCCAUGAAGGGGGAAAUUGGAGAUGAUGAUGAAUUGUAUAUAGUAGACAACAAUGGGGAGGCACAGCUGUUUGACUUCACUGGCCAAGACUUUGAAAACAAGCUUCGAGUUCCUCUUCUUGAAAUACUGAAAUAUCCUUAUCUACUUUUACAUGAACGUGUUAAUGAGUUAUGUGUUGAAGCACUUUGUCGGAUGGAACAAGCGAAUUGCUCUUUUCAGGUUUUUGAUAAACAUCCAGGGAUUUAUUUGUUCUUGGUCCAUCCCAAUGAAAUGGUUCGACGGUGGGCUAUCCUGACUGCAAGAAACUUAGGAAAAGUGGACAGAGAUGAUUAUUAUGACUUGCAGGAAGUCUUGACUUGUCUUUUCAAGGUCAUAGAGUUGGGGCUUUUAGAAAGUCCGGACAUUUAUACUUCUUCUGUCCUCGAGAAGGGUAAACUGAUUCUUCUUCCCUCGCACAUGUAUGACACUACCAACUAUAAAAACUACUGGCUCGGUAUUUGCAUGUUGCUGACCAUUCUCGAGGAGCAAGCCAUGGAUUCACUGUUGUUGGGCUCAGAAAAGCAAAAUGAUUUCAUGCAGUCAAUACUUCAUACUAUGGAGAGACAAGUGGAUGAUGAUAGUGUGGACCCUUUCUGGCCGGCAUUACACUGUUUCAUGGUGAUUCUGGAUCGCCUUGGAUCUAAGGUCUGGGGUCAACUUAUUGAUCCUAUCGAGGCCUUUCAAACCAUCAUCAACAAUGUGAGCUACAACAGAGAGAUCCAGAAUAUACGAAACAGCUCUGCACGGGCCAAGUAUGAACCGGAGUCAUUUUUGGAUGACAUGGUGUCUUGCAGCCAGAUUGUGUACAACUAUAACCCCGAAAAGACCAAAAAGGAUUCGGGGUGGAGAUCAGCCAUUUGCCCAGAUUACUGUCCUAACAUGUAUGAAGAGAUGGAAACAUUAGCCAGCGUGCUUCAGUCAGACAUUGGUCAAGACAUGCGUGUCCAUAACAGCACGUUUCUGUGGUUCAUCCCUUUCGUCCAGUCCCUCAUGGGUCUGAAGGACUUGGGUGUGGCGUACAUAGCAGGGGUCAUCCAUCAUCUCCACUCGGAAGUCAAGGAUGUUCUCAACCAAACGGAUGUCGUAUGUGACAAAGUGACUGAAUUUUUUCUUCUGAUUUUGGUGUCAGUGAUUGAACUACACAGAAAUAAGAAGUGUUUGCAUUUGCUGUGGGUGACUUCCCAGCAGUGGGUGGAAGCCAUCGUGAAGUGCGCCAAGCUCCCCACCACUGCGUUCGCACGGAGCUCGGAGAAGUCAGCUGGAAACUGCUCUAAGGGGUCGGCGGCGGUGGUGUCCUCUCUGGCGCUGCAUGCGGUGCCGUCCAACUCUGUGCAGCUUGCUUGUGUGCAGCUGAUCCGGAGUCUUCUCAAAGAGGGCUAUCAGCUUGGGCAGCAGACACUUUGUAAGCGAUUCUGGGAUAAGCUCAACUUAUUCCUGCGGGGGAAUUUAUCUCUGGGCUGGCAGUUGACUAGUCGGGAAACCCUGGAAUUACAGACCUGCUUAAGGCAAAUUAUCAAAAGCAUAAAAGCCAAGGCCCCUCAACACUGUGCUUAUGUGGAUCUGACUCCUGCGUGUAAAAACCCUCCUGCAGUUUACAAAAAAGAAAAAAAUGAGCAAAUAGGGAAGAAAUCUAAGAAACACGUGCACUGUCUGGAAAACUCCAGCCCCACAUUUUCUAAAGAACCAGUGAAAACAGAUGCAUGUCAAAUGCAAGAGACUGUAUUGGUCAAAGCAACUAGCACUAUAGUAGAGGAUAAUAAGCAAAGUUAUGUAAAAGAUUCAAAGCUACAAGACCGUCCCUCAGCUGAGCUAUCCUUGAAGCAGAGCAGUAAAAACCACCACACCGAGAGAGCUCCAGGUGCAGUCAGAAUAAGUACAAGGAAGCAGAAGUCUGUAAAAGAGAAUCCCUCUUACACGCCAAAGAGUAGUGUUUUGAGAAAUAGUCCAGAAAGGGGAUGUGACAAGGGAAUAAUAUCAACACAUUCUUUAGCUAAUUCUAGCAAAAAACCUUUGGAAAAGAUGGCCACGUCAAAUGAAGACUUCUUAAAGGAUGAUGCUCGUGGCAAAACCUCAGAAACAAAAAUGAAGGCACAAAAAGAUGAUAUCUGUGCUAAGUUAUCACACGUAAUAAAGAAACAGCACCGGAAAAGUACUCUGGUUGGCAGUGCUAUCAAUUUAGAGGAAAACCUGACUCACUCAGACAUUGAGAGUUUCUUUUCAAAGAAAGAUGCAGCAGGUCAGAAAGGGGAUGGCUUUAUACACAAUCCGGGUUUACACCCUAAUGGUAUUCUGGAUGAUAAAAAUGGAGAACAGAAGUCUCAAAACAGUUUGUUGCUGAAAAAACAAUUGGAGUUAGGUAUUUUCUCUUCCCAUGAUAACAGCGGUCAAGUUCAGGACUGCCGUGUUGGUGAUAAAGAUCUGGCCCCUCUUACAGAAAUGACCAAUACUUUCUUAAAGAAAACAUCUCCCUUUGAAGAUCCUUUGACUGUGUUUGAAAAAAGAGAUAAGGAAAGUGAUCAGAGUGCUGAUCAGGUUUCUCCUGACUUGAGAGAGCAGGCCUCUAGCGCCAGUCCUAAGUCUGACACCUUAACGGAUUCACAGGUAGACAGAGACCUCCACAAAUUAUCUUUAAUAGCUCAAGCCAGUGUUAUUAAAUUUCCUUCAGAUUCAACUCAAAAGAGCUUGUCCCCUCUACAAGGAAAAGUGAAAGAUGGUUUUGUAACGAACCAGAACGCUGUUGCGGAAGGCCGCUGCGGACAGGUUAUUAUUAUUUCAGAUUCUGAUGAUGACGACGAGAGAAUGCUGGGUUUUGAAAACCGCAUUAGACAAGAUAAAAUGUGCCUAGAGAAGCAGUGUCUGGGGCAGCGUGCUUCGAUCUCUGACACGCGAGUGGAAAGGGUGAUAAAGGAAGAAGAGACUAAAUCUCUUUUGCAGCUUGAAGAAUCUGAUUCUCAGAUGUUUGAGUUUGAAAGUCAAAAUAAAGUGUUUUCAGUUUGGCAAGAUCAGGAACUGGAUGACAAGCAUUCAGCUCAAGAGGAUGAAGAAAAGUCCGGUCUGACCUGUAAACCUGCUGUCACAAACCAGUGGGCUUAUACCGGUUACGCGUCUGAAGAGGUCAUGGAAAAAGAGGGCACCGAAGAACGCGCAGAAGCACAGAGCGCUAGUAUUUCUGUUGGGGAAUUUUGCAAAGUUGAAGUAAAAAAGCCAAAGAGAAAACGAUUUGACAAAUCUGUGGACCAAGAUCCUGUAAGGUCUUCCUCUGCCAACGAUGAGUACCAAGCUGAUAGUCUCAAUGAGGGAGAUCUGACUGAAAAUGAUUUUAAAAUUAUCGACAUAAAGACUGUAACUCCCAGCUCAAGUACGGAGAGAGCCGCCGCAGCUCCGCUAAAGAGGUCUUCUCCAAAGCUGCGUAGUUACUCCAGACCCAUUAGGAGAGUCCGCGUCUCUAAACCUAAGAAAACACAUUCAGAUACCAAAAAAGGCCCGAACAGAAAUUCCAGUUACCUCACUUGUAGGACAACUCCUGCUAUUGUGCCGCCAAAGAAAGCUCGUCAGUGUCCUGAACCUGCGUCAACAGCCGAGAAAUUUCGCCUUAAAAAGGGUCCUCGCAAGGCAUUUGAGUUGUCUCAGCGGUCUAUGGAGUACAUAGUGCAGUUACGUGACCACGGCAAGAAUGUGGGAGCAGUGGAUAUCAGAAAGAAGACUAAGUUAAUCUCUCCUCAGACUCUCUCUGCUAAAAAUAAUAAGAAAUUGCUGACAAGUCAAGAUCUUCAGUUGCGAAGGCAGGUGAGACCCAAAUCACAGCACAGUAGACAAGAACUUUUUGAUAAUGGUAAUGCAGAGCCCCGCGCAGCCCAGAGUUAUGACAUGUUUGCAUCGGACUCCGGUGGGUCAGAUUAUAAGCGAGGAGCUAAAGCAGCUGCCACCAGUAAUGGAAAGCAGUUCAUACAAUGUGUGUCUUCUGAGCCAGAACCCAUGAGAGCAAAGCAUGUUUCUGAGGUGACCCAUGACACGUCUCUUUCAAACCGGUGUAAUUCUGUGGUGCUAAAUGGAAGAAUCCUGGCGAGUGAGGCAGCGGCCUCUACUUCAGCGGGCCCUGCAGGUGGAGGCACCCGCGCCACACACUUGGCCACUCGGAAAGAACCAGAACCCGAGGCUGGCAGUGACAUGGAGGACGAUAGUUUGUUUUUAACACAGAACGAUCCUGAAGACAUGGAUCUGUGCUCGCAGAUGGAGAUUGAGCCGGCCCAGGGGAAAGAUGCCGUUCAGGUGGGCACACAUCCUCUCGGCCGGCCUCAGGUGGAGACUCCGAGUAGCCGGACGUCUAAGCACAGAGAUUGUAACGAAGCCGCAAGAGCCCAUGGCGACGGCUGCGCAACGCACGCUGAGGCCAGAGCCGCGGAUGAGGAUGUGUUCCGUAAGCCUGCCUUGCCCCUGCCGCCCUCUAAACCCCUGAGGCCUUCCAGGACGAAGAUUUUCUGCUGUACCUCACGAAGUGCUAACCUUUCCAGGUCUUUGGAAAGCGACGCCGCGCUCCCACCAGCUCUAAAAACCAAGUCCAGCGGGGUGCAGUCCAGCGUGAAGGUGCCCCAGCCAGCCUUCCUCGGGCCCCCAAAGCCGGUGGCGGAGGUGAAGAGCCUGUGCAGCGUCCUUCCUUCUCAGACUCCGGCCGCCGCCGGCAGGCCGCCCUACAGGCUUCCCUUUGCUGAAAGCAGAUCUUUCUCCCCGGCCUCUUCAGGCAACAUUCUCUUGCCGUCGCAGUCCAUCUCGGACGCCUUCGUGAAGGAGGUCUUGAAGUGGAAAUACGACAUGUUUGUGACUUUGGAUCAGUUUGGGCCUCCCGCGAGCCUGUGUCAUUCCGUCUGCAGACCGGUGCCGGUCAGAUUUCAAGAUUAUAGAGAAUAUUUUAAUGUGUUUUUCCCUUUGAUGAUACUGAAUACUUUUGAAACGGUGGCCCAGGAAUGGAUCAGUUCUCCAAAUAAAGAGAAAUUCUAUCAGUUGCAUGUCCGAAAAUUUCCUACUGAGUAUGAAAAAAGCUGGGAGUUGGUGGUUUCUCUUGAGGAAUGUGAACUGGCCAAGCAGCUUCAUCCAAAGGAAAAUGAUUUGGUAUUUUUGGUUCCUGAAAAACUAAGUGGAGAGAAGAAGGAUGCGAAGAGAAAUUGCAUGCAAGAUCCCCAUGAGUAUUACUGUGGUUAUGUCCACAAAUUCCGCCGCACUUCUGUCAUGCGUAACGGGAAAUCUGAGUGUUCCCUUUCCAUCCAGACUCAAGAUACUCUGCCAGUCAACUUAAAUGAAUUGGUGAAAUGCAUUGUAAUCAGUUCUCUGGUAACUACACAAAGGAAGUUAAGAGCCAUGUCUUUGUUGAGUGAUCAGAGCCAACUGGCCAGAGCUGUUCUGAAUCCAAACCCCAUGGACUUCAGUACAAAAGAUCUGCUGACUACAACGUCAGAGAGAAUUACUGCCUACUUAAGAGAUUUCAACGAAGACCAGAAGAAGGCGAUAGAGACCGCGUAUGCCAUGGUGAAGCACUCCCCGGCGGUUGCCAAGAUCUGUCUGAUUCAUGGGCCACCUGGAACGGGAAAGUCGAAAACCAUCGUCGGCCUCCUGUACCGCCUGCUGACAGAGACCCAGAGGAGGGGACAUUCGGAUGAGAACUCCAACGCCAAAAUCAAACAGAACCGUGUCCUCGUGUGUGCGCCUUCCAACGCGGCUGUUGAUGAACUGAUGAAAAAAAUUAUCCUCGAAUUCAAAGAAAAAUGUAAAGACAAGAAGAAUCCUUUAGGAAACUGCGGAGAUAUAAAUUUAGUACGUCUGGGUCCAGAAAAGUCUAUUAACAAUGAGGUCCUAAAGUUCAGUUUGGACAGCCAAGUCAACCACAGGAUGAAAAAAGACUUACCUUCUCAUGUUCAGGAGAUGCACAGAAGAAAGGAAUACCUGGAUCUUCAGCUGGAUGAGCUUUCCCGCCAGCGUGCUCUAUGCCGGGUUGGUAGGGAGAUGCAGAAGCAAGAAUUAGAUGAAAAAAUUGCCAGCGUUUCAAAAGAAAGGCAGGAGCUUGCUUCUAAAAUUAAAGAGGUUCAAGGACGCCCCCAGAAAACACAGAGCAUCAUCAUCUUGGAGUCCCAUGUCAUCUGCUGCACUCUGAGCACCAGCGGUGGCUUGCUGCUUGAGUCUGCUUUUCGUAGGCAAGGAGGUGUCCCCAUCAGCUGUGUCAUUGUUGACGAGGCUGGGCAGUCUUGUGAAGUCGAGACUCUCACUCCGCUCAUCCAUCGUUGCAACAAGCUCAUCCUGGUAGGCGACCCCAAACAGCUCCCUCCCACCGUCAUCUCCAUGAAAGCGCAGGAGUAUGGCUAUGACCAGUCGAUGAUGGCGCGCUUCUGCAAGCUGCUGGGCGAGAACGUGGAGCACGACGUGAUGAGCAGGCUGCCCAUCGUGCAGCUCACCACCCAGUACCGAAUGCACCCCGAUAUCUGCCUCUUCCCUUCCAACUACGUGUACAACAGAAACCUGAAGACCAACAGAGUGACUGAGACCAGUCGGUGCUCGUCAGACUGGCCAUUCCAGCCUUACCUGGUGUUUGACGUGGGAGACGGCGCAGAAAGACGGGACAAUGACUCAUAUGUAAAUGUUCAAGAAAUAAAACUGGUAAUGGAAAUAAUUAAACUUAUUAAAGACAAAAGGAGGGAUGUCACUUUCCGGAACAUUGGCAUCAUCACCCAUUACAAGGCCCAGAAGACCAUGAUUCAGAAGGAUUUGGACAGAGAGUUUGACAGAAAAGGGCCAGCAGAAGUGGACACUGUGGAUGCGUUCCAGGGGCGUCAGAAAGAUUGCGUUAUUGUUACGUGUGUCAGAGCAAAUACUUCGCAAGGUUCCAUUGGGUUUCUGGCAAGUUUGCAAAGAUUGAACGUCACCAUCACGCGAGCCAAGUACAGCCUCUUCAUCCUUGGGCACCUCAGGACCCUGAUGGAAAAUCAGCACUGGAAUCACCUGAUACAAGACGCUCAGAAGCGGGGCGCCAUCAUCAAGACCUGUGACAGGAACUAUAAACACGACGCCAUGAAGAUCCUGAAGCUCAAGCCCGUCCUGCAGCGGAGUCUGUCCCACUCGCCUGCCUUGGCCCCCGAGGCGUGCAGAACCCCAGGCGGCCUGCCGGGCAGCAGGCCAGACAGCGGGCUCGCCACGUCGCCCUUCGCGCCCUCCCUGUACCACGCCCCUCCCGACACCAGGGAGUCCAUCGUUCCUGCAAAGGAUGCCGAGCGGUCCCCCGCGCAGGAUCAGCUUCGGGACCCGCGACUGCUCAGGAGAAUGGGCCUGGCUCCCGAGACACACCUCAGGGACCCGCAGCCCCCGAGCCCCCAGCACCCUGGAGCAGCGCUGCCAUCGGGAGAGCCCGGCUUCCCGGGGAGCCCCCAGGACCUGGGCGGCACGGUGCUGCUGUCCACAGUCAGACAGGCCUGUCUGGCGCAGUGCGAGCCCCUGGCUACUGGCCCCGAGGCCGCUGCCAGCAAAAGGAAGUGUGAGCAGCGAGGAGGGCUCAGCCACAGGAGGGAGACCAGGGCUCUCAGUGACGGGGCCCAGGACACAUACAGCGCUGUGAGCCCGCCUGUGAACUGGGGCUCUGGCUGGGACCCCAGGAGGGUACAGGAGGACAGUAGCUCAAAGAAAAGAAAGCUGUUAUAGGGAGGCCGGUGGCGCGGGCAGCUGGCCACUGUGGGUGAGAUGGGCGCCGGCUAGUGGACUGUCCAGAGGAGGGUUUUUGUUUUGGGGGGAUUUUUUUUGGCCUUGAAUGGGGUGUGUGCAGUGGGAAACGUGAUGAUGCGUGCUGGGCCCUGGGCUGCUGGCCGCAGCGCUCAGCCCACUCUGCGUUAGCGACGACGUCCUGGGCGUCCCAGACUUGACGUGCUCGCGUCCGGCCUGCGGGGGAGGGCGGCGCGGGGAACACUGUAAGGCGGGAAUGUACGUGUGCGGAGCGAACAGCAAAGUCCGUUUCCAUCGACUAGACCACUCUUCUUUCCCGCUUAGAAAGCUGAUGCUAACAGAACAAGCUUUAAAUUACAAAAUGGUGAAAGAACGGGCCCCCAGAUGUGGGCCGGGCAAGACCGCUCUUCCCGGCGCGGGGAGUGUGGGAGAAGCGCUCCUGCCCCCGCUAAGGCCCGUGGCGAGUGGGCGUGCGGCGGGCAGAGGCGGCGCGGGAGGGGAGGCUGCGCUCGGUGAUGGCGCCGGAGUCCAGCUUGGCCGGCGCAGCUGCCGGCGCUGAGAGCCCCCAGCUAGGGCGCCCCUGAGCGGGGCUGGGAGCUGCUGCUCUGGAGCGGGAGCCACUGCCCCCCCUCCCAGGACGUGAGUGGGCACCGUUUGAGAUUUUCUUUUUCAUCUGCUCUAAGCCAGUGGGUCCGUGGUGGUCGGAAAUUCUGUCCAGACUGGUUCUUCCCAGCUUGACAAGAACGCUUGCCCGCCUCGGGUGCCUCACCCCCAGCGUCCCUCCUUGGGCAUCCUGGCCUGCUGGGGUCCCGCAGGUGCUCCUGCCCCCCGGAGCCCACCCUGGUACCUGUGGGUGGGGAGCUGACCCUUGGCCUCAGGAUGUGAGCCAGCACAGGCUGGGGGAGCCCCUUCUCCUGGGACAGGAGACGGCUCGUUGUCACGCUCACCUGCGUCCGUGCGCUCACCACCACCCUGAGCAAGGCUGGGCGCGGGGCGGUGCGCCCAGGGCUCUGAGCUGAGGAGGUGGGACACGCGUCUGGGGCCCGGGCGUCCCCUCCCUGCUCCGACGUCACGGGAUUCAGAAACGUGUCCUGGGCUGUGGCUCUGUCCCCCUCCCCCGUCCUGCUAGAGGCCUGCUCCCGCAGCCGUGCUCACUGCCCGCCCCGUGCACCCCCGGCUGCUCAGGCCCCACCGCCCCACUGGAGCCCGGGCAGCGGGGAAAGCAUUUGCAUCAGUCUCGCCUGUGGCCAGCGUGGCCUGUACCCUGUGGCUGUCGAGGCCACUUGGCGUCGUGUGGCUGCGUGGGGAGAACGCCCUGUCUCCUUCCGGUGUUCGAUCUUCCCCCGGGAAGGUUCCUCGACUUGUUCUGCUUCUCUGUACAUAAUUUGUCUUGGAUUCAUUGUGCUGCUUUAUUUCGUUCCGUGUUCUCAAGUCUGACCAGGAGCACAUUUGGUAAUUACAUGUGAAUAACCUCCUGUAAAUGAAUUUUAUAACAAAAUUGUACUAAACUAUUUUCUAAAGUUAGU